UCUCACCACGGACUACUGGAGAUAUCUCAAAAUGAUUGCAAAGAUCGUCUUUGUUUUAGCUGUUUUGGAGCUUGGAUUCGGAGAUGCUGUACCAUAUUGGCAGGGAAAUCCGUAUAACUCUGGGAUGUAUUUAAGAAAUCCUGGAUUACCCAAUAUUGCAAUUGGCUUCGGGAGUGGAUUUAGCAGCAACAUUAACGGCGUAAGUCAUUCGAGUGGUUUUGGUAGUUCCUUCCGAAGUGGUGAUGCUGAAGCAUACGGCUCAGGAAUUGGAUCUUCUAAUGGUUAUGCUCAAGGAGUCGGAUAUGCAAAUGCCGCACCAAACUAUGCCGUUAAUUAUAAUAUACCAAGUUAUCAACAUGUUGCUCCAAACCAAUAUAUUAGCUCCAUACCAAAAUAUCAGUACGGUGCGCAAAAUCAUCAGGUAAACGCUGUCCCACACUACCAACAAGCGCCUGUAAUUAAUUCUGGACACAGAUUAUCUCCAGUCAGAGCUCUAUCUCAAGAUCAUGGAACCGUCGGUAAUUCACUAUCUUCAGUGCAGUCCCACAAUGCUGGGUCAAUCAUAGGCGCUGCAAACAGCAACCUUGGUCACCAAUCAGCAGUGUCUUCCAUACAGGAUCCAAAAGGCCAUGGAUCUUCGUAUGCAGCUACAAACAGCUAUCAACCUUCACCACGUAAUGGUCAACAUUUAGAAAAAGCUAUAACUUCCACGCAAGAUAUAGAUGGUUAUAAGAUUCACACAGCUGAAAGUGUUCAACAACAUGGAAAUUUGCUUCAGAACAGUGGUGCCACCAAUAUUCAAGGACCUGGUAUUCAAGUUGCACAGGCCCAUGCUAUUAGUACUGGAUAUUAUUAAUAAACUAUUUGUUUGACAAUAAGACUGUACUACGUAAGACUUAUUCAAUGUAAUUUAACUCUACUAAUAAAAUAUCUAAGACUGAAAUGAAAA